CCUAAAAGGCUAAAAGAAAGCAAGCAUAACGAGAAAGGGCAAGAAAGGAACAAAACCCUGAAAAUAAACGAAGAAAAUGGCAAAGAAAGCUUCAAAAUCCAAGAAAUGUCGCUCUUCUUCUUCCUCUUCCUUAGCUUCCUCGACCUCUUCUAAAAGAGUCUCUAAAGAGGGAAAAAUGGUGUUGAGGAUAAGGUCCAAUGAGAUCACAAAGAGGUCUACACGGCAACAGAGAGUGGUUAGGAGUGAGAAUGAGAGGAGACCAAAGUCGAAGACCAAGAAAAAUAAGAAAUUUGAUGCUAAAAAGCCCAAGAAACCUCCAACUGCUUUCUUUUACUUCUUAGAGGAUUUCCGCAAGGAAUUCCAAGAGCAGAAUCCAGAUGUCAAGUCAAUGCGUGAGGUUGGCAAGGCAUGUGGAGAAAAGUGGAAAACAAUGACCUAUGAGGAAAAGGUUAAAUAUUAUGAUAUAGCCACAGAAAAGAGGGCGGAGUUUGAUAGAGCCACGUCAGAAUAUAUCAAGAGAAAGGAAAGCGGUGAAGAUGAAGACCCUGAGGAUGCCUCUGAGUUUGACGAGUAGAGUUCAAGGUUGUGUUUGAAAACCGUUGUUUCACUAGGAGUACAUGAGGGAAAAAUGUAUAUCUACUUUCAAACCACUUCUGUGUUCUCCUUUCCUCUGAAAUUGUCCAUUUGUUUAUCAUUCUCGUGUAAAUUACUACCUGGCAAUUGCAUCUAGGUGAUCACAACGCAGAUUAGACAGCUGGAUCAUUAUGCAUUACUUUGGUCUUUAUUGUUUAUAUGCAAAUUUUUUUCCAACCUA